GGGAGGCGGGUCCGACUGGAGAAUCUCCUUGGGUCCCGCAGGGCGGGGAUCCCGGCUUCAGUCGGCAGAGAGAGCUCGCGGCUGGCUCUGGUCAGGCUUCUCAGGCCGGGCGCGUGCCUGCCCCUCAGGGGCGAGUUAGUGCUAUAAAGAACACACCCGAAGAUGUGGACACGGCCGCCCCGGGAGGGUCCUUGUUUGGGGGCGGGUGGUAGCUUAGGGCCUCAUGAGGACCGGGACUCCGAUGGGAAAAGAGCAUGACUUUGACUUUGUAGGUGGAAAUCAACGAGAACUUGCCCGCCAGAAAAAUAUGAAGAAAACCCAGGAAAUUAGCAAGGGAAAAAGAAAAGAGGAUAGCUUGACUACCUCUCAGAGAAAGCAGAGCCUUUCCCCCCAUUGUAGGGACUCUGAGAUCAUGCAACAAAAGCAGAAGGCAGCUAAUGAGAAGAAGUCUAUGCAGACAAGAGAAAAAUGAUGACUGGCUAUUUGGAAAACCUGGGUGCUACUGCCGACUGGGUGUAUCAUAAGCUCUAAGAUCAAGACUUUGUAGAGUGGACAGUCAUUAAAUAUGUUUUAUCUUAUCCUUUAAAAACUAUUUUGAACUUUACCUUUCAGUUUGACUUAGUGCAAUGUUUUAGAAACAGUCCUCAAAGAAUAAAACACUACAUGCAUGUGGCGUAUUGGUGAACAUGAUUUUUAUUAGUUAACAUAUAUAAUUUAUUAGGUAAUAUGGUCAAAUAAUAGGAUCUCUCAUAUAAUAAAGAUUCUUUGUCAUCA